AUGAAGGCAGCGCAAAACCUCAAGAACCGCAUUUCAAGCCCCUUCGACUUCCAACACCUUACGCAUACCAACCGGCACCAUUUCGCCGCAUUGGAAGAAGCCACCGAAAAUGAGCUUGCUGCUGGUUUCCGCGCGGUCCGAGCCUCACAGGCGCCUCGUCGCAAUCUUAACGGUAUCAAGGCGCAAGACUUACACUCUUCGAACUGCUCAGAAGAAGAUUUGGUGGGCCUUGAGCGACGGUCCAUCUCUGCUAUGGAACUCAGGCCGCCACCCGAUUUUAUCGAUCACGUCGUCGAAGCGCAAGAGCCCGCCGCAUCCCCCGAAAGCUCGAUGCGACCCUCACUUCGGCAAAGUCGUUCCGUGGAGAGCUUUUCACGACCAGGGGUCAAUGCUCGUACGCACCGCCAUACCCAAUCUGCCAACCCACCGCCUCGAGGAUCAUCCCGUCCUCCAGUCGCCGGUCAUGAUGACGCACAAGAUACUGUUUCGAUGCGCACGAACAGACAGUCGGGUGUGUGGGAUAGUCUGGCCCCAUUGAGUCCCACACGUAUGGGUGGGGCCCUUUCUAGUAUGGCUGAAGAACCCGACUACGUCGGACACGCCCUAACGACACCCGAUGAUUCGGCUAUACAUCCUUUCACUCCUCCAUUCAGUCCCGGUCUUGAGGACGUUGCAGAGGAGCCAGAGCGCUUCAUUAGCCCUAGGCCUGCACCCCCGCCACCAACCAAGUCUCCGAAGUCCCCUCGAUCUCCUCGAUCGCCCUCUCAUGGAUCCUUCUCUCUCAGUCAGCGAUCCCCCGUUGCCAAGUCGCACGCUCGAAGAGACUCACAUGUGUUACCAAAGCAGCUAAAUACGCAGAGCAUGAUGCAGUCUACAACGCAGAUGUCGGAGACCCUCGCGUCUCCUGGCCUCACUCGCAAAUACUCAAUCAGGAAGCCGCCUAGUGCUCGAAGAAAGUCAAAUACGUGGAGAGUGAUUGAAGAGUCUUGGGAAGAUGACAUUGACUACAUCUACGAUAACGCUCUAGAGGCCGAGUGCGAGCUGGACUGGGAUGGGAACAACGACGAUUGUGACCAUUCACCUGAGCAACAGCCUCACCAACAGAGAACCACCAUUGCGUCGAGUUCGAGCGCAGUACCGUCGCCGAUGAUAGAAGAAGAGCCACCAUUGAGUCCAAGUCUGUUUGCCGGCAACUUUCGUGCGUCGUUGCUUGUCCCGAACAUGAAUAAUGUCCCCGAUUUGGAACCAAGAUCUGCCAUUUCCAGCUCUACAACGAGCGUGCAAACGCCUUCUGAUUACUUCAACCCCCAGGGUCCGUUUGGCGAAGCUGGCCGCUUCAGUUUUACGCCGUCGCUCAAAGAGCAGAUCCCUCGCGAGGAUAUGUACGACAACCUUCUGGCAGAUUAUGAAGGAUCGGACAAACAUUUUCCGCUUCUUGAACCGAUCAGAAGUGUUGCCAGCUCGACGCGCAGCAGCCAUGUCCGAGCUAGUAAGUGCAGCUCUUACGACAGUAGCAUGAUUUCCAGUGGCCAUGGUUCAGGCUCAUGGACAGCAGGCAUUCGUCGUUCUGCAGGCUCUGCAGGGAGCCUUCCAGAGCUUGUUCACUCUUCGCGUGCCCCUCGUCAGGAUCUCUCUACGGUUGUUGACAAGCUUGCUGAGGACAUGGGCACAUUCAACACUCAAGACGAGAUCGACCUUGAAGACGACGAGGCUACUCCGCCAGGUCACACUUCACAAGAACGAACGUUCUUCGCCUCGGACGAUGAGCAAGAACCGACGAACUUGGUGCAGACUGCCCUCGACGCAGAGAUGAAGACUUCUCUUGAAUUAGCUCGUCAGGGCUCCACUGCUUCUUCAUCUCGGUCUCGAGCACACAAAUAUGCUUCUUCUGAAGGAGUUGCCAAGCUACUUACCCCGAGCAGCACCACUCGGAGCAGGGCCGAGAGCGUGCCACAGAAAGCUCGACUGAGCCUCUUCCCCACGCCGCCCAAGAACUAG